GAAGGAGGGGCGACUCUAAUGGAGCAUCUCAGCCCAACCGAUCCAGCACGCCACAAAUAAACAACAUCAGUUCUUCACGAGCGUGCCAAAUUUGUACUUCUUGUCUGUCGCAUUGCGCCGCAGCUGAGCUUUGCGUAUUCGCUCAUUGAGCAGAUCGUCUGGGCUUGUGUUUAGCGGCUGCUUGGAGCGCAGAGGCCCAGAGGAAAGACGGCGGACCAGUGAGUGUGCAAACACCAGCGCAUCUGACCCUCACGAACACCGAACAUACAUGAUCCAACCGCGCUCUUUACACCACUGCGAGCCUCGGAAUACAUUUGUCUGAGAAUAUGUAACAAACGUCACCAUGACGUCCAGAUUUAGUAAAACGUACACUCGGAAGGGUGGACAGGCCAGCUCGAAGUUUGAUGAGGUGUUUUCCAAUAAGAAGGCCACUCUCAGCACCAAAUGGGGAGAGACCACCUAUAAGGCCCAGCUGGGGGUCAAACGGCCCUUAUUCAAACCAGAGGUCCCAGAUCUGACCAAACAACCUCGAUUUGACGAUGACGAUAGCUCAGAGGACCCAUUUGGAUUUGACAGCGAUGACGAGUCCAAAACUGUAACGUCCAGAGGUACUCCCCAGUCUGAGGUGGACUCGGAUGUUGCUGGGACUGGAAAUGAGCAGUCCAAGACAGCACAGACAGAAAAGCCCAGUGUGGCCAUGACGGUGACCAGUGAAGGCACCCUGGGGAGCAUCCCGAGCAUUGAAAGAGGUGUGCUUGGUCUCAGCAGCCCAGCUAAAACGAUUCUAGCUUCAUCACAUGUCUCUGGUACCGAAGGAGCUUGGAACAAAUCCAGUCUCACAGUAAGCAAACCUCUCUCACAGCCUUCAAGUAUAAAGACCCCCAGCAGCGACUUCCCCGAUAACUGGGACUCUCCUGGGGUGGACUCACCUCCAGGGGCUGGGGAGCACAGCUUUACCCAGGCUGGGAACUCCUCUGAUGGGCUCAAGAGCUCAGAGCAGUGCCCCGCAGGGCCUGAACCUGUGUUGGAACUUGUUGACUUUGAGCAGCUUCCUCUUCUUAAACCAGCCAGUGAUAGAGUGUACCGACGACCCAACCGGAAUAAAGGGCCAGAUAGUUUUGCAGCCGGUGAUGCACUGAGCCCUGCAGUUGGUCCUACACCAGUUGUGGGAUCUACACCAGAACCUGCCCCAGUGAAGACCACCAGCUCAGGGGUUGCUGGGAGUUCAGAGAUCAAGCCCGCAGGUCGGGGAAGGGUUAGGGACUACACCGUUCUUCACCCAUCCUGUGUGUCGGUGUGUAAUGUAACCUUCCAGGACUCGAUAGAAAGGAGUGUGGAUGAGUUUGUGAGCCCAGCUCCUGCCGACAUGGGAGAUGUAGGAACAUUCAGGAGGAAAACGGACACACAACCUGCGAAGCCUACCAGGUUCAGGCCCACCCAGAGUAAAACUAAGAAGGAGACGAAACUGGAGUUUUUUGGCUUUGAGGCUCAGGGCGCAGAUGGAGAGGCCACAGUGUCUGGCAGCACCAGCUACAAGAUCAAAUACUUUGGUUUUGACGAUCUGAGCGAGAGUGACAGUGACGAAGAGGAAGACUCUGCAGCUAAACAGAGAAAGAAGGAGAAGAAAGCUGCAACAGCAUCCCAGUCAGCCAGCCCGAACAGUCCCCAGAUCAGCUAUUCUCAGGAGAGUCAACAGAGUGAAAGCAGCACAAAUACAGAUUCUCAAGAGUCGUUGGAUGAGACGGGCUCCAUUGGGUCACAGAAAGAGCGGCAUGGAAAGCAGACCGACAAGUCAAAGGAGAUCGGACGCAAAAUCUUCAGUGGGCCUAAAAAAUCUCCUUCUAAAGCUGUGUAUAACGCUCGUCACUGGAAUCAACCCGAGCCAGAGGAAGUGCCGCCUUCUGCUUCCUCCCACACUGUGACUGUACCUAAGGCCAGUGUGUCAGGUGGCAGUAAAGACACAAAUUCCCAUAAAGACGAUGGCGUGUUUAAAGCUCCACCCCCUCCUCCUAAAGUCAUCAAGUCUGUCACGAUCCCCACUGAGCCUUAUCAGGACAUUGUCACUGCUCUCAAAUGCAGGACGGAGCACAAGGAGUUGUACACGGUGGUCCAGCAUGUGAAGCACUUUAAUGAUGUGGUGGAGUUUGGGGAGAAUCAGGAGUUCACUGAUGACUUUGAGUAUCUGGAGACGGGCUUGAAGAGCACACAACCCCUCAACACACGCUGCCUUAGUAUAAUCAGUCUGGCUACACGCUGUGCCAUGCCAAGUUUUCGCAUGCACCUGAGGGCUAGAGGGAAGGUGGCUCAGGUCUUUAAGAUGCUCAGUGAUGCCCAACAACACCCGAACUUGGCUCUGUGCACGGCGUCUCUGAUGUACAUUCUCAGCAGAGACCGGCUGAACAUGGAUCUGGACCGGUCCUGUCUGGAGCUGAUGAUCAGGCUGCUGGAACUAGAGCAGGACGACUCCGUAGCAGAUCAGCUCACGGCUAAAGAAAUGAGCAAAGUUAAAGAGAAGAUCCGCAAACUCUGUGAAACAGUCCACAACAAACAUUUAGACCUGGAGAAUAUCAACACGGGCCAUUUAGCAAUGGAGACGCUUCUGUCUCUGACGUCAAAGCGAGCAGGAGACUGGUUUAAAGAAGAGCUACGUCUACUGGGGGGACUGGACCACAUCGUAGAUAAAGUAAAAGAGUGUGUGGAGAACUUGAGUAAAGAGGAGGAUAAGGAGAGUCUGGUGGCAUCCUUAUGGGGAGCAGAGCGCUGUUUACGGGUUUUGGAGAGUGUUACGGUUCACAACCCCGAGAACCAAGCUUAUCUGAUCGCCUACAAAGAGUCCCAGCUCAUUGUGUCUUCGGCAAGGGCUCUGCAUUAUUGUGAACAGAUGAUACAGCGCUACAGCCGAGAGGUCUCUUCAUCUAGCUCCGCCCUCCCGCAGUGUAGUCAUAUCAAUGUGGGUAAGGCUGUGGAGGAUUGUAUGAGAGCUGUUAUUGGAGUUCUGCUCAACCUUACACACGAUAAUGAGUGGGGCAGCACUAAAACAGGUGAACAGGAUAGACUCAUACUGACUGCUCUAGACAGCGUUCUGAAUGUUCCUCGUUAUUUGCCUCAGGAGCAGAGAUUUGACAUCCGUGUGCUGGGUCUGGGUCUGCUGAUAAACCUGGUGGAGUACAGCGCUAGAAACAGACACGGUUUGGUGGAAAUGGAGGUGGAUGUGAGCUACCUGACGGAUACACAGGGAGACAUGAGGACAGAGAAUAACGUGAAGUCGGAAGGAGAGGAGGGGAAGACAACGGAGGAACAAAAGGAGGAUAAAACCGAGGAAGAGGACAAGAAGGAACCCACAACACAAAAGUCGUCAAACGCCCUGGUGGCUCUAGUGCAGUUCUUUCUGGAAAGGGAGCGAGCUGCUGUUCUAGCUGAGGCACAGACUGAUGACCUCAUCAGCGAGACACCAAAGUCUCAGGCAGACCAGAGCGGAGAGUGGCAGGAAACUUCCGGAGAGAUCCAGUGGGUCGCUUCGGAAACUAACAACACAAAUGAUAAGAAAGAGGAGGAGGAAGAGGAGCUUGAUCUUAAUAAAGCCUUGCAGCAUGCUGGGAAACACAUGGAAGACAGCAUUGUGGCAUCAUACACAGCUCUUCUGCUAGGGUGCUUAUGUCAGGAGAGUCCGAUGAAUGUGAAAACAGUGCGGGAAACCCUUCCUAAGGGAGAUUUCUCUAUAAUGACUGAAAUGCUGAAGAAAUUCCUUAAUUUCAUGAACUUGACAUGUUCUGUUGGAACCACAGGACAGAAAUCUAUCACACGGGUGAUCGAAUAUUUAGAGCACUGUUAGCAGAGGUGUCACAAUCCCCUCCCCAACCACCGGCUCUUCCGUGGGAUAAAUCUGGACCUGGCAACGUGCCUUAGGCCUUUCAGGACAGGAUGCAGCAGCUUCGGUGGUAAAGGUGGUGUGCGUCGCUACGGUCACGUCACUUAAGUGACUCGCACUGGAGAGACUUGCUUCAUUCUUUUAGUUUUUACGUUAUGUUGUCUGUGCUGUCUCUCUCUCUCUCUUGUUCAUACACACUCACAAACUAUGUGUUUCCAUAAUGGUUGUUUUUAAAGCACUGAUCCUCAGUUAAAAUUAUGAUUUGUGCUCUGUUAUGGAACAAAAGAAUGAUUUUAAACUUGACCAUGAUUUAAGCUUAAAUAUUUUCUCUUUAUCAACAGUUCUAAACCAUUUCACAGUCAAUAUCAAGCCUACUAGUAACAUAUUGAUAUCUGAAACACCAUGUGUGGAAAAAUAUGUUGAUGAGGUCAUAAGAUGCGUGCUGAACCAAAGAUCAAACCCCUUUAGACAGGCAAACAGACUCAAUUUGAAAGUGAGGUUCUCAGAUGAAUGUUGUUGACAGAUUUCAUUGGCAUCAGAGGUUAGUCAGUUCAUCUGUUUGUUGAACCACAAGAGAACCAUCUUUAGUACAGAUAUCCCAGACACAAGCUAUUUCAAAGCAAAGCACAUAUACUAGAUUUCUUGCUUAGCUCUGUCCUGCAAAAAUGAGGACAACACCAUUUGUUCCUGUAUGGAUUUCUGUGGACUCCUUAUGAAAUUAUGUUUUAAAUAACCAUGUUUCAAUCAUUGUUUCUUUCUUUUGCAAAUACAAUGCAAUUUAUCUGUUGUGUUUAAUUUCUUUUAAAAAGUGACACCAUGACAACAGCAAACUUUUUUAUUUUACCUAUUUUAUUUUAUCUGUGGAGGAUUUUAGAAAUUAGUUUUUCUUGGCUUUUCACUUCCUCUGAUCAUUCACAGGCUCUUUUAGAUAAUUAUUUGUGAAAAAUCAUCAUCUUACUAGAGUAACCCAUGAUUUAAAUAGUCGCAUCAAAUAUAGACUUUCCCCCCCUUUUAUUUAAUUGUGUUCUUUUUUUAUUUUUUUUAUUUUUUUUUUAUUAGUUUUGAAUCGGUGCUGUGUGAUCCCCAUUUUAUGACAUGUUAUGAAAAAAAAAACCAGCACUUAGAAAUUGUUUUAGUGUUUUAUUGGGUUUUUAAAUGAUUCCAUCAAAAAUGUUUAUCUUCUGUUAAUUUAAACAACACUCUUGAUUUUAAUAUAAUAGAUUGAGAUUUUAUUGUUUUAUAAUUUUAUGACAGAAUUGCUUUCUUUACCUUUAAUGUGAUUUUAGGAAUAUUGUUUCUUAAUUGUGUUUCAAACAUAAUUCCAUCCUGUGUUUAUCUUCAGCUGAACGUGAUCCUGCAGAAUGGCUUGAAGCUGCCAAAAGGUUUUAGGGAGAAAAAAAGCUGCAUUUUUUUUUUUUUUUU